ACGUCUGUUUGCUCACAGGGAACACAUGGUAGCUCCCAGUUCAAAAUGUUGGCGGACGAUAAUCCAGCAACGAAUUUAAGUGCAGAUGAUGCUGCAGCGUCUAUUUUCCAGAGACAAUCGCCGUUAAAGACGAAAGUGACAGCCGUCCAAGUUGGUGACCAAGUUACCGAUAUUGCGAUAUCAGACUUCAGUGAUAAAUUAUUUGUAGUCGUUUCUCAAUAUCAAAAGCUAGGAACACUGGUACUGAUAACAAAAGAUGUUGCCUUAAAUGGGGACGCUCAGGAGCCCGUGUACGACACCAAGACUCUCUUCGGAAAAGACGAGCCUGAAAUUCAUGCAGUGGCUAGACUAUUUGCCGACGCCUUACGGUGCGACAAGACCAUCCUGCUUGGCAUUGCCCUCAAGGACUUCUCCACAAACACAGUGCGGACAUUAGCUUCCUUCCUUUCAGAUGCCGUGCUGGGACUCUCGUAGUACUUAUUCAAAAGCGUAGCGAAGGUAUUUGAAUUGUACUUUUUACAGCGUCCAACUUCGUCAACAAGCUGUGUAUUCUACGUGCUCUAUAUUUCUUCAGCAUCUGCAUACCUUUGUGCCUUACAGGAACAGCUUACCAUGUCUAGAUUACCAUGCAGCUUGAAGGUUCCGUGACAUUUCGUUGAACGCCGUUUCAUCGAAAAUUGACAUUUCAUCGAAUCGGUGGUUGCCGCUCUUUCUUUGGGCAACGUGUGAAAUACAUAAAAGGCUGUCCUAAUCUGACCUUGAUCAGGCAUCGAUGAAACGGCGUUCAAUGAAAUAGGCAGACACUCUGCUUGAACGGUCUCCAUUUAGUUGGAUCAUACAUCUCCAUUAAAAUCAAAAUAUGAGACAUUCAGCACCACGGCUUGUUUGACUACAUGGUGUGUUUCAAAAUGACUAUGCCUAAAAGUAUGUAUUGGAAGUAUUGAUUGGGAGCUGCAGACGCAACUAACAAAAAUACACCGAGGCUCAGUGAUGUUGUGUUUUCGAGGUUUAAUGUAACUGACAAGAUUCAUCAUGCAACAUCAGAACACAUGCAGUUGCUUUCGUUCACAAGUAUGCAGUCGGCAAUCCGGUUAUAGUUUAUGUUGCAUCACACUUGAAUUCCCGCUUUCAGCUCUCAUAAAACGAAUCAAUUUUUGUGCAGCUUGGUUGGGUUGUUUGCCUGCUCAUAAUGUACACACUGCUAAACUGUCUGAAUCUGAGAACUGGUCUUAUAACAAUGAAAUGGUAUUGACUUAUCAACAGGAUCCGAGGAGCACAUAAGUAUUUGCCUGUACAUGUUAUAAAAUAUGGAAGCAUCAAACUCGCAUUUUACAUCACCAUUUGAAAAUGUGAAGAAAGAAGAAAGGUACCAACGUGAAAUACUCUGUUGAAAUACUGAGGAAACCACAGGACUGUUGCACGCUCAAUACGGGAGGUGAAAUGCAGCGUCUUUGUGGAAAUGGUAAACGUUUUGUUGUGUAUAUAAGGUGGCAUAAUAAGAUAGAGAACAUAACAGACCAACAAUACAUGCUGGAACAAAAAGUCUGGUCCUCCUUGACAUAUUACAGAUGCACACUAAUAAAAUGCUAAAAGGGGCACUAAAAUGCAAAAACAAGUUCACCUCAAAUUACGUUACGCGUGUGUGCUUCUCCUGCUGUCUCACUGGACGCUGCCAAUCUUUGCUUCCUGGGGAUCCCAGUCGUUGCCGCCAAAGACGUCUCUGUUUUCAUUGCGUUUUUUCUUCUAAACGAUAGCACUGUGUAAACUAAUUUUGCUUGCAUUAUACUAACUGAAACUGAAACUUUCAUUUGAGAGCAAGUUGUUUUUGCAUUUUAGUGCUCCUCUAAAACAAACAGCAAGUUGGAGCUGUCUUAUGUGGUGUUCUGAAAGUUCUCAACAUUAACUGCUUGCAUGCACUUGCGAGCCAAUGUUGCUACGAGACCAAUAAAUGUCAACCUAGUUAUACACCUGUAAAAUAUGUUGCAUUAUGCCACAAAUCUCCGAUUCUUCAUGUUGAUUUACAGCAUAUUUAGAGAAAAGCACAGUACGUUCUAGAACUUGACACAGAAAUAAAGAUGCAAAAAUGAAUGCCACAAAGAAACUAGCAGGCCGACAAUCACUGAAUACAACCUCCUCCUCGGACGGUUCUGUUGGUAUUUGAGAAACUAAUUGCCUACCUCAGUUGCCAAAGGCAACGCUAUCGGUAAACAUAUUGCUAUUCAGUGAAUAUCUGUACAUGAAGCCAUACUAUAGUUGGGAGCAUAUGCUAACAUACUUAUACUAUGAAAUAUAAUAAAGUUGUUUUACAAAAAUGCA